GGAAGUGCCGGCCUCGCUUCCGGCCCGAGGCCACGCCCCCCCGGCUUCCGCGGCUCCCUUAUUCAGAAAGCGCGCGCGAUCCCGGGUCUGAGGACAGGGACCGGAGAGCCCGGGAGCGGAACCCGGGUCAGGGGUCCCCGGGGGACCAUGGGCGCCUCCAGGCUCUACACAUUGGUGCUGGUGCUGCAGCCUCCGCGAGUUCUCCUGGGCAUGAAGAAACGAGGCUUCGGGGCCGGCCGGUGGAAUGGCUUUGGAGGCAAAGUUCAAGGAGGAGAGAGCAUCGAGGACGGGGCCAAGAGGGAGCUGCGGGAGGAGUGCGGUCUGACCGCGGACACACUCCACAAGGUGGGCCGGAUCGUGUUCGAGUUCGUGGGCGAGCCGGAACUGAUGGACGUGCACAUCUUCCGCACAGACAGUGUCCAGGGGACGCCCGCGGAGAGCGACGAAAUGCGGCCCCGGUGGUUCCAGCUGGACCGGAUCCCCUUUGGUGACAUGUGGCCCGAUGACAGCUACUGGUUUCCCCUCCUGCUUCAGAACAAGAAAUUCCACGGGUAUUUCAAGUUCCAGGGCCCCAACACCAUCCUGGACUACACGCUCCGCGAGGUGGACGAGGUGUAGACGCAGAACCACGCUGGCCCCGCAGGCUGCCGAAUCCAAUGCAAACCCGCAGUGCCGUCCAUCUCUUCACCUGCUCUCGGAGCCCCGAGGCGGGGCGGGGGGUUCCGGGUGUGGUGAGGCGGAAAGAAGAAAGCUCUCUUACCUUUUCACAUUCUUCACGGGGCCUCGCACACACCAGCCCAGGCCUGUCCUCAGGAAGCUGCCUGCCUGCUGGCUGCCUAUGGCCCGCACACUGGGCCCGGAGGGCGGGCCGAGCGCCGCGGUCUUGUCAGGACCAUAGAGUGGGUUAGAGGGUGUGGCGUCCUUGCCCCCCACCCCUCCUUCAAGGGCAAACCGAACAGGCGAGGCCCAGGCCUAAAACCCUGGUCUGAUGCAUCAGAAGCCGUCACCUCCCUCACCUCAAGGGACUGGCUGUUCCUGUCCAGACUUCUGACCACCAGGAAGGAGGGAGGCAGCACUCGCUUAUACGGAGAACCCACUUCACCCAAGUUUUAUAAAGGGGUUUGAUCACAGUUGUUCGUGUGUUUAUUGAUAAAGCUCUCAGAAUGCAAA